AUGGCCGCGUCCACCAUGUCCAUCUGCUCCAGCACCUGCACUGACUCCUGGCAGGUGGAUGACUGCCCAGAGAGCUGCUGUGAGCCCCCCUGCUGCACCCCAAGCUGCUGCGCCCCGGCCCCCUGCCUGACCCUGGUCUGCACCCCAGUGAGCUGUGUGUCCAGCCCCUGCUGCCAGGCGGCCUGUGAGCCCAGCCCCUGCCAAUCAGGCUGCACCAGCUCCUGUACGCCCUCGUGCUGCCAGCAGUCCAGCUGCCAGGUGGAUUGCUGCACCUCCUCCCCGUGUCAGCAGGCCUGCUCCUUGCCCAUCUGCUGCAAGCCUUCCUGCUGUGUGCCCGUCUGCUGCAAGUCUAUCUGUUGCAAAUCCAUCUGCUGUGCGCCUGUCUGCUCUGGCACUUCCUCUCCAUGCUGCCAGCAGUCUAGCUGCCAGCCGACUUGCUGCACCACCUCCUGCUGCAGACCCUCCUCCGUGUCCCUCCUCUGCCGCCCUGUGUGCAGGCCCAUCUCCUGUGUGCCUGUGCCCUCCUGCUGUGCCCCCACCUCCUCCUGCCAGCCCAGCUGUUGCCGUCGAGCCUCCUGUGUGUCCCUUCUCUGCCGCCCCACUUGCUCCCGCCCGGCCUGCUGUAGUCUCUCCUCAGGCCAGAAGUCCAGCUGCUGA